AUGUUAUAUGGAAUUGGGAUAACAAUGUCUAAGGAUGAGGAAAAUAACAACACAAAGGAAGAUAAUGCUGUUCAAUACAUGAAAAUAACUAGUGCAGUAUUUUAUGGAUUAUCAUCAUUCUUAAUUACUGUAGUUAACAAACAAGUUCUGACAUCCUAUAAAUUCCCGUCUUUCCUAGUGCUAUCACUUGGACAACUCAUUGCAAGUGUUGUAGUUUUAUUUAGUGGAAGAAAAUUAAAAAUCGUGUCAUUUCCAUCAUACUCAAAUGAUCUCGUUAAAAAAAUCUUUCCAUUGCCUUUGAUUUAUUUAGGCAAUAUGAUUUUUGGAUUAGGUGGCACAAAAGCUUUAAGCUUACCUAUGUUUGCUGCACUUCGACGUUUUUCAAUUCUUAUGACAAUGUUUCUGGAAUUUUACAUAUUGAAGAUUCGUCCAACAUCAGCAGUUCAGAUGAGUGUAUAUGCAAUGGUCGGAGGUGCUCUGUUGGCAGCAUCAGAUGAUUUGUCCUUCAAUCUUGAAGGCUACACUUUCAUUAUGAUAACCAAUGCUUUAACAGCAUCAAAUGGUGUAUUUGUUAAGAAGAAGCUGAGUGGAUCUGACUUAGGCACUUAUGGAUUAAUGUUCUAUAACUCUCUACUGAUGCUCAUACCAGCAUUAUUAUUUACAUGGAUUCUCGGUGAUUUGGAGAAGGCCUUACAAUACAGUCAGUGGUCAAAUCCACUCUUUGUGAUACAAUUCAUGCUCUCCUGCGUUAUGGGAUUCAUUCUCAACUACAGUACAGUUCUGUGUACUCAACACAAUUCAGCCUUGACCACCACAAUUGUUGGAUGUCUUAAAAACGUUAGCAUAACUUAUAUAGGAAUGUUCAUCGGUGGUGAUUACGUCUUUUCAUGGCUUAAUUGUAUUGGAAUCAAUAUCAGCGUUCUCGCUAGUUUAGCAUAUACUUACGUGACGUUUAGGAAGAAGAACAGACAACAUCAACCUCACGAUGAAGAUCGUGUAAAAUUAUUACAAAAUGGCAAAGUAGAGAACGGGCUAAUUGGUUCUUGUGUGCAAUCGUCUGAGUUGAAAUUCAAAAAUGACUUGAUUGGCCUUGCAUUAGCUUCGCUUACUUAUCCUUUGCGUCAACAUAGGAUUAAGAAAAUGAUUGGCUCAACAAAAUUUGCGAUGAUUUCAAGAAAUAUUCGAUCUUUAUAUUCCACACAUAAACGAAGCAUUGCAACUCAAAGCUUCAAGCAACACGAAGUAUCUCAACAUAGUAAUGAAAAUAAUGAAGAUGAAAUUAUGCAGAAAGAAGAAAAUCUUGAUGAAUUUGCAAAAGAAUUUCUCAACAAUCAAAUUAAGAUGACCCCUUUCCAAAAAAUUUUGUUAACGGCAGGUUCUUCACUUGCCGCACUUGUUGAUCCACGUAGACAUGACAUGAUCGCAUGUUUAGGAGAAACAACAGGAGAAGAUGCUUUACAUAAAAUUGUUCAAAUUAUGCGAACCUCAGAAGAAGGUCAAACAAUUUUAAGUGAAAAACCAAGAAUCAAUACGGGAACUGUAAAUUUAGACGAACUUAAAAAUAUGUCGCCGGAUACUUUGGGUCAUAACUACUACAAAUUUUUAACAGAUAACAACGUCACACCCGAUUCUAGAUUGGGAGUCCGAUUCAUGGAAGAUCUUGAACUUGCUUAUGUAAUGACACGUUACAGAGAAACUCACGAUUUGAUUCAUACAAUUCUUGGAAUGCCAACGAAUAUGUUAGGCGAAGUUGCUGUAAAAUGGGUUGAAGCUAUCAAUAUUGGACUUCCAAUGUGUUAUGGUGGAGCUGUUUUUGGAGCAAUGAGACUGAGACCAAAACAGAGGCAAAUGUAUAAAAAACAUUAUUUACCAUGGGCUGUAAAAGUUGGAAGAGAAAUGAAGCCAUUGCUGCCAGUUUAUUGGGAAAAGCGUUGGUCACAAAAUAUCUUCGAACUCAGAGAAGAAUUAAACAUCACAACAUUAGAAUUACCCAAAAAUUAAAUUUCCUUAUAAAAGUGUAUGAAAUAUAUUUGAGGAGAAAUUUAAAAUAACUCUCAAGUUUUUUUUUAUAGUGUUAGCAAGAUUUGCCACAUGGUCUCUGUUAUUUUUUUCUAGUUCAUCGAAGCAAAAUUCGUUUCAUUCAAGCCUUCAAAAAUCAAAGAGACUUCAAUAUAAAUAAAAAGACUUUAUUUUGCUGAUCGG